AUGAAACUCAAGAAAGGGGUUCGAGGCAUUGUUGGAAUCAAGAUUGAUUUGCAAAAGGCGUAUGAUAGGGUUGAUUGGGUCGUAUUGACAAGAAUCUUAACUCUCUUUGGGUUCUCUGAUAAAUUCACCAAACUAGUGCUUAAUUGCAUGUCGUCUAUGAAUAUGGAGCUCCUGCUGAAUGCGAGUGUCUUUGGUCAAAUCCUGAUGGGUAGAAGACUGCGGCAAGGUGACCUAAUUUCAUCGUUCCUGUUUAUUAUCCUGAUGGAACUUCUUUCAAAAAUGCUGCUCAAAUGGGAACGGGAUGGGAAAAUCAAUGGCGUUAAACUUGGCAGACAAGCCUCGUCGAUCAUCCAUCUUCUGUUUGCUGAUGACUUGCUGAUUUUUUGCCGGGCUAAUAUGGACGAGGUCAAGAAUGUGUAUCAAUGUCUUCAAUUGUUCUAUAAAUGGAUUGGGCAAGCUUUCAAUAAGGAGAAAUCUGGCUGUUUUUUCUUUAAGAACGUUACUCCAAGAAGCAGACUAGAUAUUAAGUGGUGCUUAGGUAUGAAAGAACUCGACAACAAGUCAAAACACCUUGGUCUGCCGCUCUUUAUUGAAAGGAAUAAAUCAACAGUGUUCGAAGACUUAAGAAGGAAAGUAGAAGACAAGCUGUAG